AUGACUCACCCGCUGAGAGGCCCGGGGCUCACCUCUUUUAACACCUUGCCAUGGUAUCACCUCCAUGGACUGUCCACCGCAUUGCAGGCAAUGUGGAUGCGAAAGACAGCCUAUCUGUGGAACGCGACGCUGCCUUUGACCGCAGAGUUCGUCGCUCAAGCCCUCGAAGAAGCCAGGCCAGAGUCUGUGGCCGCUGUUCCAUACAUGCUACAGAUCUUGAUUGAUGAUCCGCGCGGUAUAACAGCGCUAAGACAAUGCAAGUUAGUUACCUACGGAGGUGCACCCUGUCCCGACGAGCUGGGCGAUCGCCUAGUAAGCGAGGGUGUACACUUUGGAGGUUCAUUCGGCCUCACCGAGGCAGGUCUUGUUGCAGAAUCAAUCUCCCGACCAAAAGAUGAUCCGUGUUGGAAUUAUCUGAAAUUCUUUGACAACAUCCGAUCCUAUGUCUGGAUGAAGCCCAUCUCUGCAUCAGAAUCGCUUUUCGAGUGCGUUUAUCUUGCUGGUCAUCCAGCACUAACCACCUCGAAUUCAAACGAGCCACCAGGAUCUUUCCAUUCGAAAGACGUGUUUACCCCUCAUCCUACAAUUGCCGGAAGGUGGAAAUACAUCUCCCGAUUGGAUGAUCGUAUCAAUCUGGUGAAUGGUGAAAAGGUUUUACCACUCCCGAUUGAAGGUCAUAUCAAACAACACCCUUUGGUUCAUGAUACAGUUGUAGUCGGGGUGGGCAAAGCUGCUCCAGGACUAUUGGUUUUGCGAGCGAACGAACCGGAAGCCAAUCGUCUCUCAGAUGACGAAUACCUCAAUGCCAUCUGGCCGACUAUCCAAGAAGCCAAUUCUCAGGCAGAGGCUUUCUCUCAGAUCUCCCGCAAUAUGGUUGCUAUACUGGCAUGUGACAAUCAGUUUGCUCGAACGGACAAAGGGUCCAUGAUCCGAGGACGGGUUUAUCAUGAAUACAAUGAGCUUAUCGAAGGUCUUUACGCCGAGAAGCAACAGCUCUGUGAGAAUCUUCAGCUUGAUCCGGUAGAGACAGAACUUGUCCUUCUCCAAAUAUCCGACCAAGAACUUGGGAUAUCUCUCGCUGGUGUUGACGCCAAUUUUUUCUCUGGCGGCAUUGACAGUCUCAAGGCAAUCCACUUCCGACGUCUCAUUCUUCAGCAUUUCAAGUUCGAACAGACCCAGACUCCUGGUCUAAAUGCCAUAUUCGAAGCGGGCUGCAUAUCACAGCUGGCUCAAGAUAUAUGUGCUUUGCAAAAAGGGGAGACAAGAAACGAUGUCGAGAGUGAUGUAUCUGUGAUGACGGGAUUGAUCAAGAAAUACUCCGUGUUUGAAAGGCACACACCCCGACCUUAUCCUUUCUCGGGGCCAACCAGUGUGCUUUUAACAGGUGCCACCGGGUCAAUUGGAGCCCAUGUGUUAUACGAGCUGCUCAAUGACGACUCCAUCUCCACAGUGUACUGUCUCACGCGACGAGAGUCAUCACUGGAGGCAAUACUCCGCACUCUUGUCGACAAAAAUCUUUUCAUAUCCCCUGAGCAGAAGACAAAGAUUGUUGCCUUCAACAGCCGUAUCGACCAACCCGAUUUUCGUACCUCUCUGGAUGAACGUACGGUCAGACACAUGCUCGACUCAGUCUCACUCAUUAUUCACACAGCAUGGCCUGUUAACUUCAAUCUUCCCCUGACCGAGUUCGAGCCGCACAUUCAAAGACUACACAAUCUGAUCCAAUUCUCCUUAUCGGUGCGGAGUCGUGAGCCUGCCGUCCUGAUGUUCUGCUCAUCCGUCUCCACCGCGCUCGGAUCUCGAUCAGCCAAGAUCCUCGAAGCACCGGUUGACUUGGAUAGCGCCUUUAUGGGCUAUGGGCAGUCCAAGUUAAUCGGCGAACGGAUUGUGAGCAAUGCACGGCGCAGGGGAGCAAGGGCAUACUCUCUUCGAAUUGGCCAGGUCUCGGGUCACUCGAAGAAGGGCCUCUGGAACGACUCCGAAGCUCUGCCGUUGAUGAUCCGGUCGGCGUUGACCCUGGGAGCACUCCCUGAACUAUCACAGACGUGUUCCUGGCUUCCGGUGGAUAAGCUUGCUUCCAUCAUUCUUGAACUAGCCAGGACUUGUGCUACCCCGGUUGUGUUUGGAGAGAGUCAGGCGUCCAGCUCGGCUGUGGCAGAGCAUGUUGAUGACUCGAUUUUCAAUUUGAGCAAUUCUCGUGAAUUCACCUGGUCGUCUUUACUUCACACGCUGCAAAAUUGUGGGUUUCAAUUUGAUGUUGUGCCAUUUGAAGAAUGGUUACUGAGACUUCGUCGGAGUGAGACAAGGGGGGAGGAACUUGUCAAUCCGGCGGUCAAGCUCCUUCAUCAUUACGAGACGAUGCAUGGGAAGAAAUCGCCUUUGAUGCAGAAUGGACCAAAAACGUUUAUGACAGAGAAAGCCGAGAGGAGUAGUGUGACUUUGCGAAAGGGUGGCUUGAGAAUAAUUGACGAUGGAAUCCUGAGCUGCUAUGCUCAGGAUUGGUUAAGGAGGUGGAUGAUCUAG